AUGGCUACAAACGUUAUCACUCCUCAUCAGAAAAAUCCUGUUGCCUCGCCCACCACUGUCUCGGAUGAAGCUCCGACAGUGUCCUUCUUGAGCAACAGCUCCACAACUGCCUCUGUCAACAUCGAAGCCAAGGCACCCAUUGAAGCCAUCCGAGCUCUUUUUGACCAUCUUCACGCUAGCACUGACGAUGUUAGCAAGCUCAACGCAACCUACGCCCACCGGGGCGUCAUGAAGACCGCUGCUCUGCACAAGACAGAGUCUGACCAGAAGUUUACCAUCGACCUCUCGCCUUUGCGCAACAACCGGAUCCCACAGGAGCUCCGUGAUUCCCUGGAUCCCCACGGCCUUGGAGAAGUCCUCAACUUCUUUAACCAGCUUAGUGCUGAUUAUGUACCCACCAUCCUGGAUUCUCUCAGCCUUCUCGCUGGCACCGAUCUGUCUGCAGCCCACAAGUCAUACAACAUGAACUACCGCCUGUGUGACUACAAUCCCCACACAGCUGACCCGGAAUCGUCGAAUGGAUGCGGAGCCCACACGGACUACGGAACCUUUUCCAUCAUCUUCCAGGAUGGAACUUCCGGACUUGAACUUGAGGAAACUCCCGGGACUUGGAUUCCUGUCCCUGGUGAUGCUACUGUUGUCUUGACGGGCUGGUGUGCCGUUAUCCUGAGUGGUGGACGGGUGUCUGCUGCCAAACACCGGGUUCGCCGUACCCCUGGCGUGCGUCGAAUCAGCGCUGUCUUGUUCGUUGCUCCCGACCUUGACGUUAAGCUUCAGCCUUUGGGUGCCGCUCAGCCUGUCAAGUCCUUCUCCGACAGCAUCAUGCGUGGUGAUCUCGACGUCGAGACCUUUAAGGAGGUCAUGGGUAAGAGAUGGCGAUACCGCGAGGGAAACGAAGAGAUGGAGAAUGGUGAUUCGAUCUCCCAGGACAAUGAGAUUGAGAAGAUGGUUUGGGGUUAA